AUGCGCGCCCCAUCACCGCCCAUGUCCUCCCAAGCCCACUCCCAAGCCUCAGGCGGGGGCGCCGCCGCCGCCGCCAACCUCGCUGCGUCCUUGUCCGGCGGCGCCCUGCUCGACCACUCGCACCUGCGCCCGGGCAACCAGGCCUCGCUGCUCAGCUACGAGCGCACGCUCGAGCUCUACCGCGCGAACGCGAAGAAGACGCAGGACCCGGACCUGCAGUUCGAGUUCGCCGUCUUCAUGAUCGACGCGUCCAAGUCCUUCCCCAUCCCCGCCCCGACGGCGGGCAACGUCAUGGACAUCGAGAAGGCGAUCGAGAAGCGCGAGAACCUCGUGCACGAGGCGCUCGCCCUGCUGAAGCGCCUCGCGGACAGAGGCCACCCGAGCUCGCAGUACUUUCUCGCGGACUGCUACGCGAACGGGCUCGGCACGCGCAAGGGCAAGCAGGACUUUGACAGCGCCUACCCGCUGUUUGUGCUUGCAGCGAAGCACGGCCACCCCGAUGCGGCGUACCGCGCGGGCACGUGCUGCGAGAACGGCUGGGGGUGCAGGAGGGAGAGCGCCAAGGCGCUGCAGUUCUUCCGCAAGGCAGCCGCGGCGCUGCACCCGGGCGCGAUGUACCGUCUCGGCAUCGCGGAGCUCAACGGCGAGCUCGGGCUCUCGCGCCGCCCGCGCGAGGGCGUCAAGUGGCUGAAGCGCGCGGCGGAGCAUGCGACGGCCGAGUUCCCACAAGCGCUGCAUGAGCUCGCGCUGCUGCAUGAGCGCGGGGUGGACAAUGUUGUGUUUGUCGAUGUGGAGUAUGCGGUGGAGCUGCUUGCGCAGGCGAGCGAGCUUGGGUAUGCGCCGAGUGCGUAUAGGCUCGGCGAGUGCUAUGAGUAUGGCAAGAUGGGGUGUCCGCAAGAUCCGGCGCUGAGUAUACAUUACUACAACAUCGCAGCGCAGCAGAACCACCGGGACGCAUGCUUCGCGCUCACCGCGUGGUACCUCGUCGGCUCGCCCGGCGUCCUCCCGCAGAGCGACACGGAGGCGUAUCUGUGGGCAAAGCGCGCCGCAGACGCGGGGCUCGCAAAGGCGAUGUACGCCGUCGGGUACUUUCUCGAGGUCGGCAUCGGCACGCCGCCGAAUCAUUCCGAGUCGACGCAGUACUACAAGCGCGCGGCGGAGCAGGGCGACAAGCGUGCGAUGCAGCGGCUCAAGAGCGCGACGGGCGCGCCGAUGCCGCAUCCUGGCGGGCCUGGCUCUGUCAUCUCGCGCGAGCAGACGGCGGGCGGCGAGGCGGGCGGGAAGCAUAACAAGGACUGCGUUGUUAUGUGA